GCAGUUGCUCGAUACAACACCAUGUUGGGCCACAAAACAUUCCUGACUACAGGCACUGAUGAGCACGAAACAGCUCGAGGAAAGAGGGCAUAUCUAUCUGGGAAAGUAUUCAGGAUGGUACUGUGUAUCGGAUGAAGCGUUCUUGUCUGAUGCAGAGUUGAUAGAACAGAGAGAUCCUACUGGUAAAAUAAUAAAAGUCUCCGCACAAUCAGGAAAUAUAGUGGAAUGGAUGGAAGAGGAGAAUUACAAGUUUCGACUUAGUGCAUUUCAAGAUGAUCUCAAGUAUUGGCUCAAAGAUGAAACCGUAAUUAGACCAGCAUUGUACCACAAAGUAUUGUCCGAGUGGAUAGAGGAAGGUACAUGUUUACGAGAUUUAAGCAUCACUAGAAUCAGGAGUAAGGUGCCAUGGGCUAUACCUUCUCCAUGCGAUGAGUCUCACUCAAUAUACGUAUGGCUGGAUGCUUUGAUAAAUUAUUUAACAGCUUUAGGGUAUCCAGAUGAGUCGUAUAAAGAGUUUUGGCCACCUGCUAUUCAAAUCUUGUUACAGGUAAUAGGAAAAGAUAUUUUAAAGUUCCAUGGUGUUUAUUGGCCAGCAUUCUUGAUAGCAGCGGGUCUUGAACCUCCAAAAACGUUACUGUGUCAUGCUCAUUGGACCGUUGAUCAUCAGAAAAUGUCGAAAUCAAAAGGAAAUGUAGUCUCGCCGUUUGAAGCUGCAAAUAAUUAUUCAGAAGAUGGAUUACGAUACUUCAUUCUCAGAGAAGCAGUGCCACAGAAUGACGCAAAUUACAGUUCAAAAAAGAUCGUUAAUGUGUUGAAUUCCGAAUUGGCGGAUACAUUGGGCAAUUUAGUCAAUCGUUGUGCUGGUAAAACGAUCAAUCCGUCCAAAGAGUUCCCUGAUCCGACAAAAUACUGGAACGUGUUGCAAUCUCAGGUGGCUGACGAAACCAGGGAAGCUUUAGAAUCCGUAAGCAGGAAAGCACGCGAAAGUUACGAGGAAUACAAUUUGCAUCAUGUCGUAGACGUGGUCAUGAGUACCCUUCAUUGCGCAAAUAGGAUGAUAAAUUAUCACGAGCCUUGGCAAUUGAAAAAGCAAGUAGACGAUGCAGAUUCGAUUAGAGAACUUAAAGCUGUAAUAUCGCUCGCUCUGGAAAGUAGUAGAAUAGCUGCUUUAAUAUUAUAUCCAAUUACACCGAAAUUGAGCAGCAAUUUGCUCGAUUUUUUGGAUAUUCCGAGGGAGAAUCGCACAUGGGCAGAUACUGUGCCUGAAUUCUUCAACAAAAGUAGUGUGAAAGAAAGAUAUAUUGAACGUAACAGUGUAAUAUUGUUUAAGAAAAUAAGGAGUCAAUAAAUAUUUUUAUUUAUUAGAAAUCUCGACUGAUAA